AUGGCGCGCACUAGCGCCCUCACGGGUGUGUCCACCAACACCAAGAAGCGAAAAUCGACAGGAAACGCCAUAGAUGGCGAGAAGGAUGCCAAACGACGUCGCCAUACUCUCGACGCCUUUUUCUCGCCACAGGUGGUGGCAUCAAAGACUUCCAGCGACCAUAAGGAGUCCAGAGAAACCGUCAUCCUGAAUGAGGAACAGAAGAAAGUGAUGAAAAUGGUGGUGGAAGAAGGAAAAAGUAUCUUCUUUACCGGCGCCGCGGGUACGGGAAAAUCUCUUCUCCUUCGCGCUAUAAUUACUGCGCUCCGACGAAAGCACGCUAAGAAACUCGAUGUAAUCUCCAUUACUGCGAGCACGGGCAUGGCUGCGUCGAACAUAGGCGGCAUGACGAUCCACUCUUGGGGUGCCGUAACUCCGGGGAUGACCGAUGUAGAAAGGCAAAUUAGCUGCAUCAAGACUUGUAAACCUGCGUUUCAACGAUGGAAGACCACGAAGGUUCUUAUAAUUGAUGAGGUAUCGAUGGUUGACGGGCAACUGUUUGAACUGCUAACAGCCCUUGCGGACAGACUACGGAAGAAGAUCGACAAACCCUUCGGUGGAAUACAGCUCGUUGUUACCGGCGACUUCUUCCAGCUGCCGCCAGUUACGAAAGCUAAUAUUGAGCCAUUUUUCGCUUUCGAAUGUGAUGCCUGGAAGCGCUGCAUAGAGCAUACAGUCACUCUCACGCAAGUUUAUCGACAGACGGAUACUCAAUUUGUAUCAUUACUCAACGAACUACGGCGUGGGGCAAUAUCGCCCUCCGCACAGAAGACUUUCACCUCCCUUUCUCGACCUCUUCCCUCGAUUCCGACUGGACUUCUGCCUACAGAGUUAUAUCCACUACGCGCUCAAGUAGACAGCGCAAACAGCACACGCCUUGCAAAACUAUCCGGGGCGGCGCGCACAUACGCUGCGCGCGACUCCGGCACGAAUACACGCAUUCUAGAACAAAUGGUUACCCCUGCGAGUCUGGUGCUCAAGCCGGAUGCGCAGGUCAUGCUGGUGAAGAAUGUUGACGAACGUCUUGUCAAUGGUUGCGUCGGGCGUGUCCUCGGCUUCUUCAAUCUCACUGCGUGCAAUGCAUCUACGGGGAUUCCGGCAGAUAUCACUCUCAGUACUAGCACGGGAUCAAAACCAAGAUCGGCCUCUCAGGAGUCUGCGAAUGGGAGCUCGAAGAACAACGGCUUUGUGAGGAACGUGCGAGUCGGGCCUGACAAUCGCACUCCUGUGUCCCUAUGCUGUGAGGGUAAGGAGAAUAUAAGCGGAUUCUCCGUGAAAUGCCCCGAGUCAAAGGGUAAGGGUACCGCGAAGGACGAGGAGCUGUUCCCACUUGUAGAAUUCCGCACAGCGCACGGCUCCGAAAUUGUCCUCAUUGGACGCGAAGAAUUUCGUGUAGAAGAUAAUGAAGGCAAGCUACUUGCAAGACGUGUUCAAGUCCCUUUAGUUCUAGCAUGGGCGAUGUCAAUACAUAAGAGCCAAGGGCAGACAAUUCAACGCGUCAGGAUUGAUCUCGCUCGUGUCUUCGAGAAGGGACAGAGCUACGUCGCAUUAUCUCGUGCAGCAUCACUAGACGGACUGCAAGUCCUUGGUUUUGAUCCCAAGAAGGUCAAAGCGCAUCCUAAAGUUCUGGAGUGGAGCAAGACGCUGGAGAACUGGUCUGAAGGCGGCGAGCCCGUCUGA